CAAGCAAUUGGUCUGUUUGCUUUAGUGGGAGAGUACUUUUCACUUUAAAACUCUUUAUUUGAUGGAGUGCUGUCCCCAGAAUGUAGAGUAAUGAACCGUGUUGUGAAUUAUCAUGUUGUAGGCAGAAUUUAACGAUGGAAAGUUGGAUGCUGAUGAUCCUUGUUUUUAUGCCAGGUGUUUGGAGUGGAGAUUGGGGCGUGACCUUCGGAUAUCAGUGUGCUCUGAGAGGGGGGUCAGUAGUUAUGCAGUGUAGCUAUGACUACCCUUGGCGUGAUACAGUCACUCAGGUGGGCUGGUCUAGACCCCUGUUUACAUCUGGCACGUGGCGGCUGCAUCCCCUUCCUAGUCUCCCUUCGCCCCCGGACUUUGAAUACUUGGGUAAUCUACAUCAUAACUGUAGUCUGAAGAUCAACAACAUACAACCCACUGAUGAGAGAAAAUACUACUUUAGUUUUGUGACAACAUCAGACAGGUCGACAAGCAAAACCUACGCUUAUUUGUCUGUUAAUGAGUUAAUCGCUGUUUUAAAGCCGAGUACUGUGAAAGAGGGAGAUGAUUUCAGUCUGACCUGUGUGUCAGACUGUCCUACACCUACAACCAUUGUCUGGUUUAAAGAUGGACAGAAAGUGCCGACACCAGGGUUCCUGGUGAGGAGAGAGGAUGCUGGGAGCUACUUCUGUGCUGUACUGGGACAAGAGACAGUCAGAUCCAACUCUGUGACUCUGAAUGUUCAGUACGGCCCAGGGAACAUGGCAAUUUCAGUAGAUGAUCAACAAUUUACUGAGGGCAGCAGUGUGAAACUGACCUGCAGCAGUGUGGCCAACCCUGCGGCCGACAACUACACCUGGUACAAGAGGACAGACUCUCCCAGUUCCAGCUCAUGGCUCCAGGUGGGCUGGGGACAGGUGCUGUCUCUUCCCUCUGUGGAGGCAUCCCACACUGGACUCUACCUCUGACAGGCCAGUAACAGUGUGGGGACAGGCAACUCAACUGCUCUGCUGGUGACCCUGAAAACAGAGGACCGUGGCAGCCGGAUUCACCUGAUCAUAGCCAGAGUAGGGGUCUUUGUUUUGGUGACUCUUGUGGUAUCACAUCUUUUGUACUGGUGAGUCAAUAAAUGUCAGGGAGAGUGAAUGUGGCACAGCCGUUUAUAUAUAUUGUCUCCACAUCUCUUAUAAUGACAAGUGUCUCCUGUACAUGUAAAAAUGUGUGUGUGUGUGUGUGUGUGUGUGUGUGUGUGUGUGUGUGUGUGUGUGUGUGUGUGUGUGUGUGUGUGUGUGUGUGUGUGGUUUAUUGAAAUAUCAUGCUGCUGUUGCUGUGUUUACCAUUAUUACAAAACAACUACUUGAAAUGUGAAGCCACAGGAUUGAGAAACAAUUGCGAGAGGUAUAGUGUGAAUGUGGUAACAAAUGUGGGUUGCUUGUUGCUGUUGUUUUUUUUGACAAGGAAAAACUAAUAACCAAUGCAGUUUGUGGCCUGUUUGGAGUUUGCAUGUUCUCCCCAUGUCUGCCUGGGUUUCCUGUGUUUACCACUGCUUCCUCCCUCAAUUCAUCAUAGGGCCACAAAAGGAAAGAGCGAGGUUUCUACGAUCUACUCGACUUUUGUUUUAUGAUGUAUUUAUUAUUCCACUUUGUUCCUUCGAGGUUUAGUUUACAGUUGCACUGACUGAAGCAGCUAUUUCAUACAAUCUGACUAUCUUUGAUAAAGCUACCACAGAGAUUGGUGCUGCUGUGUUUAUGAGACUGCAAACUGCAGUUUCACUAUAUAUGC